GUGCUGGGAUUACUUUUCUUUCCGUCUUUCCCUGCCAUGGGGCAGCAGGGACUCGGCCGAGGGGCUGCAGGCAGAGGGCAGCUUGCUUGUUUUCCCUCGGACUGCCUCUCCUGAGCCCUGCACGUCUCUUUGGGAGGGGAGGAGAGUUCCUCUCCCUCUCCUUGGAAAACGCCCUCUCCAGGAUGCUCCAGUAGGAGCUGGUGGGAGGGAGGGAGUUCUGACUGCACCGAAAAUGUCGUGGAAAAAAAAAAAAAAAAAAAAAAAAAAAAAAAAGGGCAACUGACAGAAGAGAGAACUUGUCCUCAGAUUCCUGCUUUUUGCAGCAGCGUAAACUAAGUCUCUGCAAGUGCUGCGGGAGCUGGCAGGAAGCAAAGAUGAAGUUCAGAGGCGCGUCCCUGUGCUCUGACCACUAUUAUAUCUUGAGAAGGAGCAGAAAGGAACUACUUGACAACGGAGCGGGGACCAACGGUAUCCGGCUGACCAUGGAGAGUGCUCUGACAGCCCGCGACCGUGUCGGGGUGCAGGAUUUUGUCCUGCUUGAGAACUUCACCAGCGAAGCAGCAUUUAUUGAAAAUCUGCGCAAGCGCUUCAAGGAGAAUCUCAUCUAUACAUACAUUGGCUCGGUUCUGGUGUCUGUUAAUCCAUACAAGGAACUGGAAAUCUACAGUAAACAGAACAUGGAGCGAUACCGUGGUGUCAGCUUCUAUGAAGUUUCUCCUCACCUCUACGCUAUUGCAGACAAUUCAUACCGCUCCCUGCGCACGGAGAGGAAGGAUCAGUGUAUUCUGAUCUCUGGGGAGAGCGGGGCUGGGAAAACAGAGGCCACCAAGAAGAUCCUGCAGUACUACGCUGUGACCUGUCCAGCCAGUCAGCAGGUCGAAACCGUGAAGGACCGCCUGUUACAGUCCAAUCCCGUCCUGGAGGCCUUUGGAAAUGCAAAGACCCUUCGGAAUGACAACUCCAGCCGAUUUGGGAAAUAUAUGGAUGUGCAGUUUGACUACAGGGGGGCUCCUGUCGGGGGCCACAUCUUGAACUACCUCCUGGAGAAAUCCCGAGUUGUGCACCAGAAUCAUGGAGAGAGAAACUUCCACAUUUUCUACCAGCUGCUAGAAGGAGGGGAGGAAGACUUACUGCGAAGGCUGGGCCUUGAGAAGAGCCCACAACAGUAUCACUAUUUAGUAAAGGGUCACUGUGCAAGGGUCAGUUCCAUAAAUGAUAAAAAUGAUUGGAAGAUUGUGCGAAGAGCCCUGUCCAUUAUAAGCUUCAAUGAUAACGAGGUGGAGGAUCUGCUGAGCAUUGUGGCUAGCGUUCUGCACCUGGGGAACGUGCACUUUGCUGUUGAUGAGCAAGGAAACGCUCAAGUCACUACAGAGAAUCAGAUUAAAUACCUGGCUAGGCUUCUAGCAGUUGAGGGCUCUGUUCUUCGAGAUGCAUUGAUCCACAAGAAGAUCAUAGCAAAAGGGGAAGAGCUCAUCAGCCCCCUGAACCUGGAGCAGGCAGCCUACGCGAGGGAUGCGCUUGCUAAGGCGAUAUACGGACGCACUUUCUCCUGGCUGGUGAACAAGGUUAACAAGUCUCUUGCUUACAAGGAAGGAGAGUUUCCAGGCUGGAGAAGUACAACGGUUCUAGGAUUGCUUGAUAUCUAUGGAUUUGAGGUUUUCCAGCACAACAGCUUUGAGCAAUUUUGUAUUAAUUAUUGUAAUGAAAAAUUGCAGCAGCUCUUCAUAGAGCUCACAUUAAAGUCAGAACAAGAGGAAUACGAGUCAGAAGGCAUAGCGUGGGAACCAGUUCAGUAUUUCAAUAACAAAAUAAUCUGUGAUUUGGUGGAGGAGAAAUUCAAAGGCAUCAUUUCUAUUCUGGAUGAAGAGUGUCUGAGACCUGGUGAUGCCACAGAUACAACAUUCUUGGAGAAACUGGAGGAAACUGUGAAGAACCACCCUCAUUUUCUCACGCACAAGCUCGCUGACCAAAAGACUCGCAAGUCCCUGGGGAGGGAAGAGUUCCGGCUUUUGCACUAUGCUGGAGAGGUCACCUACAGCGUUGCAGGUUUUCUAGAUAAAAACAAUGACCUUCUCUUUCGGAACCUGAAGGAGACCAUGUGCAACUCUGAGAAUCCUAUCAUAAAUCAAUGUUUUGACAGGACGGAGCUGACAGACAAAAAGAGACCUGAAACGGCAGCAACUCAGUUUAAAAACAGCCUCUCCAAACUCAUGGAAAUCCUGAUGUCCAAAGAACCCUCCUACAUUCGUUGCAUUAAACCUAACGAUGCUAAACAGGCUGAUCGAUUUGAUGAAGUUCUAAUCCGACAUCAAGUGAAAUACCUGGGGUUGAUGGAGAACCUCAGAGUGCGCAGAGCUGGGUUUGCAUAUCGAAGAAAAUACGAAGUUUUCCUGCAGAGGUACAAAUCCCUUUGUCCAGAAACGUGGCCCACGUGGGACGGACGGCCCCAUGAUGGGGUGGCUGUGCUGGUGAAGCAUCUUGGCUACAAACAGGAAGAAUACAAAAUGGGACGAACAAAGAUUUUUAUCCGCUUUCCCAAGACCUUGUUUGCAACGGAAGAUGCUCUGGAAGUGAGGAAGCAGAGUCUGGCAACAAAAAUGCAAGCCACAUGGAGAGGUUUCUACCGUCGAAAGAAAUUCCUGCACAUGAAACACUCAGCGAUAGCCAUCCAGUCCUGGUGGCGGGGAACCUUGGGACGCCGAAAAGCUGCCAAGAAGAAGUGGGCAGUAGAGACUAUCAGAAGAUUUAUUAAAGGUUUUAUUUACCGGAACCACCCUCGCUGCCCAGAGAACGAGUAUUUCCUUGAUUACAUCCGCUUCUCCUUCCUGAUGAACCUCAAGCGUAAUUUACCAAAAAGCGUUUUGGACAAAUCGUGGCCCCCGCCCCCUCCGUCGCUGUGUGAGGCAUCCCAGCUCCUGCGACAGCUCUGUAUGCAGAACAUGGUCUGGACCUACUGCAAGAGAAUCAGCCCAGAGUGGAAGCAGCAGUUGGAACAAAAAGUAAUUGCCAGUGAGAUUUUUAAGGGUAAAAAAGACAACUACCCUCAGAGUGUUCCUAGACUCUUCAUCAACACUCGACUUGGUAAUGAAGAGAUAAAUGCUAAAGUCCUUCAGGCUUUAGAAAGUGAAGCCAUUAAGUAUGCAGUUCCCGUGAUCAAGUAUGACCGGAAAGGAUACAAAGCAAGAGCACGGCAGCUGCUUCUUACCCAGAGCGCAGUCGUCAUAGCUGAAGAAUCCAAAAUUAAGCAACGGAUCGACUAUGCCAACCUGACAGGCAUCUCCGUCAGCAGCCUGAGCGAUAACUUGUUUGUGCUGCACGUGCACUGUGAGGAUAACAAACAGAAGGGGGAUGUUGUACUUCAGAGUGACCACGUGAUCGAGACACUAACAAAAACCGCCAUGCAGGCAGGCAAAGUCAAUAAUGUCAACAUCAACCAGGGCAGCAUAAAAUUUACAGUUGGGCAAGGCAAAGAAGGUAUAAUUGACUUUAUAUCAGGAUCAGAGCUGCUUAUAGCCAAAGCCAAGAAUGGCCAUCUAACAGUGGUUGCUCCUCGUUUGAAUUCUCGAUGAUAAAACGUGCCACCACACCAGGACCUUUCCCUCCAUCUGACUGCACCCGAUAGAAUUGGCUGGACAUUGUGCCCAGCAAAAUCCCCCCUCCUUCCUUGCUUUGCUCAUUUUGUUUAUUGUUACCAAAGACCUGCACUUUCAGAAAACCCACAAAAUACAUCUUGCUUUUUUGUCUUAAUAUGAAAGUUCCAAAAGAAAGGCCUUCUCUUCCUUACCUUAGUGGCAAACACGUGGGUCCAACAGAAUGUCUGUGAAACUGUGGCUCAUGAAACUUAUUCAGCUGGGCUUUGAGGGAGAGGUAGCUCUGACUAUUAAGAGUCUACGCCCUGAUGGAAACGACCAAAAUUUGUGCUUGUCAUCAAAAAGCACAAUCAGAAAACAAAUAACUCUGCUGCUUUGUCAGCCAAAUCAAUGAAAUGCCAACCUUUAUAUUCAGAAAGAAUGUUUUAUGAAGAAUUUUGCUCUGAGACAUUUUAAUGCUUUGUGUUACAAUAUAUUAAAGCCAUAUUGUGUAAAUGAGUAAAACCCUGUAAAUACUUUAUAGCUGAGUAUGAGAGAUGCACUACAAGAAAUGGAGUUGAUGUGGAAACUUUUAAGUUUUAGAUUUGGAAUAACUUUUGUUUUUAGUUUAUGAUUAUAAGGAAUUAACUUGAGAAACCCAUCAUGUAACUUCUUCAGUAAUCUGGAGCCAGACACUCUUUACCUUUUUUUGAAGUCACCUGUCCCAUUUCUUGCUCUAUAAUGAUAUUUUUAUACUGUAGUAGCUCUUUUCAUAUCCACACAUCCAAACAAAAUGUAAUACAAACUGCAGAGGUUACCACUUCUCUAUGCCACUCUAGGCUGGAAAUGAAACCUGUAGUCCUUGGCCACAGAACAGGCAAGAGCUUUCCCUCCCACCUUGUACCUGUCUGGGAGUCAUCACCGUCCCUUCCCCCCCACAGCUCACCAGGCUCAGAGCUUUUCCUUCUGUUUUUAGUGAUAACUGGAAGUUCAAGUUCCCACAAAAAAGCUCCACAAUGUUGCUAUAAACGCCUCUCAGUACUGCCUUAAAGAGGAAGAGAGGGCUAGUUCAGCACUGCUGGCAUUACUGACCAACAGCUCCUUCACCUGGAAGCAACUUCCUAAGCAAGCUGCAUCACUCCAGUGCUAACCCAGAGCUAGGAGGAAUACAUGCUCUCAAUGCUAACUGCAACAGAGGUCAAUGCUAAGCACCUGCAUUUAACCAAGAACCCAAAUGGCUACAGGGUGAAGAGCUCUUUGUCAAACACCUGCUGACUGCAAGUCACAGCUCCAGCUUCCAAGUUCUAGAUGUCCAACAGUGCAUUUUGCACUCUACAUGCCUUAGACGUCCUUCACGUUCCACCUCUAGCCUGACGCAGUAGCAACAACAGUUUCAGUAAGCCCUGAAUAAAAUAUAACCAAACAUGUUGCCACUCACAUACGAUCGGCUCAGUCUCCCACUUUCUGGUUUCUGACAUUAUGCGGUUUCCAAGCACUGCCCCAGGCCUGGAAUGCUGUAUACACUGUAGUACAUAUACACCAUACCACUGUAUAUGCUAGAGUGUAUAUACUAUACAAUGCUGUAUACGCUAUUAUAUAACCUCAAGACUACGCUAAAUAAAUUUUUACAAAAAAGCCACACCUUGUCUUUGUUGUAGAAAUGGUUUCACCACAUUGCUUUUUUUUUUUUUUUUUUUUUUUUUGAGAGGGAGGGUAUGGUUUUUGUUUUCCCCUCAUCUGUCACAGAGCACCACUGAAUCUCUUUGCUUCUUGGGCCCAAUCUGUCUACACAGAGGGCAGCCCUGCUACUGUCUGCUACAGGAACAGGUUAUUCCUAGAAAGAGGUUUCUAGGACAUCAGCUAAGCAGGAUGGACAUUAAGAUAAUGUGGUUCCCUUCUCUCCAUCCAUGUAGCAGGACUGGAGGAAGAGUUCUGUAAGGGCAAGUGAGAGCAAUGCACCAACCAAAUGAUGCAGUUUUAUGCAUUCAGCUAGGGAAAGACUGAAUAAAUGGUGUGGAAAAGCUGCUGACCCCUGCUGCAGAGCAGGCUGGUCUCACAGCUACACUACUUACAUGUAAGACUGGGAUCUUACUUUAUCUCAUGUCUGAAGAAGAAUGCUGUCACUUCUCUCUCUCCCCUGCCAAACGUUCCUAUUGCAAGCAACAGAGGAGAGUUAUUUUUUCUGAAAUAACUAACAUAAAGGAAAGUCAUAGUAGUAUUUGGCAUUUUUAAUUUAGGUUUGUUUUAUUUAAGUUUAAUGUUAAUUCCAUGCUGUGUUUCAGUAAGAACAAUACAGAUUCUGUAUCUGUGGCUCCAGUCAGAUAUCCAGUAGUACAAAUUAGCUUCAAGUUACACAUACUGAACAAAAGAGGUUGAGCGAGCGAAGGGAGAUGGGGAAAGGGGAGGGAGAAAGAAAAAAUAUUGAACACGCAUGCAGGCUUAUCAAUGCCACCUUCAAUGCUAACCUGCUUUGAGGAAAAGUAAAGAAUAGGCAAGAAUGAGCAGCCACGGAUUGUUGAACUGUUACCAGCACCACGAUUUUCAGCAACAUUUCAGCAGUUUGGAAACUUCUGUUUUUAUACAGUAAAACCACUACAAUAUAUGUCCCAAUGCAACCUGUAACUUCAAGCUAAACACCCAAUUAAGUUUAAACAUUGGUAUAAAAUUCAGUUUAAACAGUUAUAA